ACCUUAGCAGCUCCGAAGAGCUGGAAUUCGUUUUUGAAAGGUGAAGGGGAAAUCGUAUGGGGUCCUGGAAUGAGCCCGGAGUUCAUGCUCAAAUAUGGCCACACCAACAAGAAUGUUGAAGCUCCCUUCCCCCUUCCUGGCACGGAUGUUUAUGUAUGCGGCCUAAGCAUUUCUGUCUCAAUAUUUAAUUAA